GGAAUUGUCAAAAAUUAUAAUAAUACAUAUACAUAAAUAAUUUGAGAGGAAUCCAAAACAUUAAGAAAAAGUCUUAGCAGAUAAAAAAAAAGUCUUAGCAGAUAUUUCAAAGACAUGGAAAGAACUUCAGCCUCUCUUCCCCUAGUUCCUCGUACUAUUAUAGCUAUCUCCGCCAUAGCUUCUUCUUCUUCUUCUUCAUCAAGGUCUCUGAAUAGUCACAGUAACGAAGAUGGAGAAGAGAAGCUGAUAUUGCUUUUCAAGUAUAAUAACCGUACAAAGCACUUUUUCAAAGAUAUUAGUUAUCGAGGUCUUGACUGGACCAGGAGCCUGACCCCUUCCACAUAGAUCUUUUUCACUCUUUUCUUCCCUUUGUCAUGACUGCAACAAGGAGAAGAACGGUGAUGGAGGCGAGAUUCAAAGAGGGAAAGAAACUGAGUAGAUGGUAGGUCAAAAUACGGUAUAAUCUGGACCGUCCAUUUAUAAUAUAUAUUUAGAGAUCUAAUGGCUAGAAGAUAAGUGGUAGAUAUGAGUAAAAAAAAAGAGAAUGGUUUGUGGCCACAUGAUUUAUGUAUAUUAUUUUAUUUAGUAAUUUAUGUUUCAAUUAUAAGUGUCACAAAAGAAAAAAUGUUUCAAUUAUAAAUAAAGUAGAAAGGUAUAAAGAGUUUUUUCACGAUGUGAAAAAGAGGAAAGAGUGUUAGAAGAAGAGGAAAAGUGAGAAGAAAGUGUGUUGCUAGUAACAAGUGUCAUAGAAUGUAAUAAUAAACACAUAAUGUGACUUAUAGUGUAAAUCUUUCUUGUUUUUUUGACAUCAAUAUGUUGUUUUCUCUGUACCUUUUUUUAUUUUUCUUCUUCUUCUUCUUGUACGUUAUAUUUUCAAUGGAAAAUAAUAAAUUGUUGCAGAAUAAUAUUUUAUUUUAUAUGUGUUUUCUACGCUACAAAUGAUACUAAUAUUUAAAACAAUAACUAUAAAUAAUAUAACUAUUAAAGUACUUUUUUAUAAAUCGGUAUUAAUUUCUUCAAUUAUUAAUUAAUAAUAUAUUAUCUGAGUCAGUUGUUCUAAUUGAUGUCAGUACUAACAUCAUCUGAAAAACUGAUGUAAUUGUUUAUACCAUUUUUUACAAUUGAUAUAUAUUGACAUCACUUAAAAUAAUUGAUUAAAAUAUUUGACAAUUUAACAUCAUCUAAUACUAUAAAGUAAAACUCUACUCUCUUCUCCUCUUGCUACGUCAGUAAAUAAGAUGAGGAGAAGCCGCCACGUGUCCCCUUCUUUUAGAAACGCAGCGCUUCAUUUAACUUCUCAUCCAUUCAUACUGGGCUUCGCAUUUUGUUGGGCCAAAUCAUAUCUCCAUUUAAUCCACAAGGGUAUACUUGAUGAAACGCGUCGUUUUCAUUAGGUUUAGCGUGUUCUGUCUCUUUCACGUCUCCUGGCGAUUGGGGUUUCGGAUACACUCUUUCAUCUUCUUCUUUACUGUCCGAAACGAUACAUGUAACAUAGUUAUCCUCUUUAAACCCUCCAUUAAUCGAUCAUUGACGAUCUCAUGGGAGACAUCAUCUCUACCAAAUCUGAAAAUAUAGUCUAUGUUUUGCAUGUAAUCCAUCAACGGCGACUUCCCACCUUCUUCUUGCUGAUUUGGAAGUUGGACGCUGACUGCUAAGGAAAGCAGGAACGACGAGGAUGGCUUCCUCAAUGGGUUGUCUCACCGACUCGCUCCGUCAACUCAACACUUCCUUUCUUCAACUCUUCAACUCUUCAACUCUUCAGGGUUUAGAGUUUUAGUCUAGAUUUUAGGUUUGUGUUUAAGAUCUUUGGUUUGGAUUAAAAAUCUAGGGUUUAGAGUUUAGAUUUAGGGUUUAGGUUUAGAGUUUAGAGUAUAAUUUUGAGUUUAAAAUUAGUUCGCAGUGUUAAAAUUUUGUUAUUAUAUUUUUAGCUAUUUUGAUUUUAUGAAAAUUUAUUAUUUGUUAUUUAUGUAGCUUCAAUGUAUAUAGCAAUUUUAUUGAAAUAAGGAAAUAUGUGAAUUUUUAAGCUUAAGUAUUGUUCUCUUAAAAUAAUGGAAAUUGUGGUGGCCCACAAAAUAAAAUUCUUUGUAGUAUAUAAGUCUGUUUAGGUUGGUUUAAAUAAAUCAGGGUUUUGUCCCAGUGGAAAAGGAAGGUUCGAUAGGAUGGAAAAUCGGAUCUGUGAUUUGCCUGACGAUUUGAUUCUUGAGAUCAUGAACUUCAUCCCCACAAAAGAUGCAGUAGCGACCACAAUCUUGUCUAAGCGAUGGCGUUUGAUAUGGACUAUGCUUCCUACACUCGAAUACAAAGACAGCGGCAGCGGGAUCAUUGGGUGGUUUGUUGAGAAGUCUUUGCAACUCCAUAAGGCACCAAAACUAGAGAGGCUGACUAUCGAACUCGGUCCACAUUCUCAUGUUGACGUAGAUGUGGAAAAGUGUCUUGAGAAUGCAGUUAAUCGAGGUGUGCACGAGUUAGAUCUCAAUCUCCUUUGGAACGCAGAGAUCACAAGCUUUCCAAAGAGCCUCCACACAUGCGACACUCUCGUUGAUUUAGUUCUAUCUAACAAGAUUCUAGUGGAUGUUCCUUCCCAGGUUGACCUACCAUCUCUCUUAUAUCUUUCUCUUAUCGACGUGGUGUACAAAGACGAAGACUCUCUUGCUGGACUUUUAUCAAGUUCCUCUGUUCUACACUGGCUGAUGGUGCAACGACGUAAGGAUGACAACUUGACAAACUUUACCGUGAAAGUGUCUUCCUUAAAAACAUUAUAUUAUAAAAGUGCUUGGCCCAUGGAUGAGCCCGUAGAGGAAGGGGACGAUGAUGAUGAUGAUCUCAUUGGGUCGUUGGUAAUAGAUACCCCUGCACUAGAUGAUAUAAGCUUAAUUACCGUUUGCGAAGACUGCUGCUUGAUAGAUAACAUGUCUUGUCUUGAUGAGGCAAACAUAAGCCAUGUUAUUUACCCCGAUGACAAGUUUCUGAAAUCUCUUUCUUCUGUCAAACAUCUGCACUUGUGUUUGACCAAUCCGAUGGUUGGUAGCAGUAACGACGUUAAAUUCUCUCGGCUCAUAGAGUUUUACUUCUUGACAAAAACAGUAGAUUGGUUGGAACCACUUAUGUUUUUCCUUCAAAAUUCUGCUCAAUUGAAAUUUCUUACAAUCCACACGGAACAUGAGAGUCCAUCACCUCCCUGGAACCAGCCGAGUUCUAUUCCGGGAUGCUUGUCAUCUCAUCUAGAGAUCUUUGUGUGGAACAACUAUGAAGGAAGAGAUGAUGAGAAACAACUAUUGUCAUACAUUCUUGCUAACUCAGAGUGUUUAAAGAGAGCGGAGAUAAAUCUCAUAGCAACCUGCAAUCUUGAAGAGAGACAAAAGGAGAUACAAUCUAUGCCUAGGAUUUCAACAUCAUCUCGGCUUCUAUUCCCCACUCAAAUGAAAAAUCUGUGGUUUAACGGAUACUGUUAACGUCACUAGUCUCUGGUAUGUGUUUAAGUUAUUGCUUAACUAAUUCAGGCUAUCAUUUAAUGUUUUUAUGAAUGAGCGUAAUCAAUAUCAUCACAAAGACUUUUUUGAAUAAAACACUCCAGCAAUUUGUUUCUGAAAUAAUGUAUAAAUAUUCAAAAU